UAAUGCGCAGAAAUCCAUUUGGGAUGGACAUUUGCUGUCGGAAAGGAUCCAGGAGCCCACUCCAGGAACUGUAUAAUCCCACUCAGGAGAAGGGAAGUAAGUGAGCUGUUGCCUUGCAGACAGUGUUUAUACAUCAUCAGUCUCUUCAGGCCACGAAUGCUGCUUUUUGGGAGCUGCCCUGUGAUUAUCUGUGGCUGAGACUGCCUGGAUAGCACCAGCAAAGCCCAGCCUAGUUCAGCCCACAUCAUCCACCUGGGUUGGAGUUUGCUAUCUUCAAUUGAUUUCCACUCCCUAGGAUGACUCUUGGGGCUGUACCCAUUCCUGGACAGCGGUUUGUGUUGUCCAACACAGCAAUUCUUCAUCAGAUCAGACGAGACCAAGUGACAGACACAUGCCGAGCAAACAGCAUGUCCAGCAGGAAGCGCCGUGUGCUGACACCAAACGAUCUCAAGCACCUGGUCGUGGAUGAGGAUCAUGAAAUGAUCUAUUGCUAUGUUCCCAAAGUGGCCUGCACAAACUGGAAGAGAGUCAUGAUGGUUCUGACAGGAAGAGGGAAGUACAGCGAUCCAAUGGAAAUCCCGGCCAAUGAAGCCCAUGUGUCUUCAAACCUGAAGACCCUCAACCAGUACAGCAUCCCAGAGAUCAACCACCGCUUGAAAAACUACAUGAAGUUCCUCUUUGUUCGCGAGCCUUUUGAAAGACUUGUGUCAGCCUACAGGAACAAAUUCACCCAGAAGUACAACACUUCCUUCCACAAGCGAUAUGGCACCAAAAUCGUGAGGCGCCAGAGGAAAAAUGCAACCCAAGAGGCUCUGCGGAAAGGUGAUGAUGUGAAAUUUGAAGAGUUCGUGGCAUAUCUCAUUGACCCACACACUCAAAGAGAAGAGCCCUUCAAUGAGCACUGGCAGACUGUGUACUCCCUCUGCCACCCUUGCCACAUCCACUACGACCUCAUAGGAAAAUACGAAACACUUGAAGAGGAUUCAAAUUACGUUCUCCAGUUGGCAGGAGUAGGCAACUACCUGAAAUUCCCCACCUAUGCAAAGUCUACGAGAACUACUGAUGAAAUGACCACAGAGUUCUUCCAGAACAUCAGCUCCUUGCACCAAACGCAGCUGUUUCACUUCAGCAGCAGAGGUGAGAUAACAUGUGGACAAAAGGAGUCUGGUUUUGUGCUUUCCUCGAUUUCCAGCUUGCUCUGGGUAAUAAUAUUCUUCCAUUAGGCAUUGAUGCAGGUAAAUAUGAGAAUGGUUCUGGAACUACACACUUCGAGAAGUUUAGUGCAAAUAAGUUCUUUAGAAAGUGAUGUUGCACUCCAUUCUAGUACAAAAUCUGUCUUUUUAGGCUUGAAAAGGAAAAGUAACCUAGAUUUGGGUAGAUUCGUGAGUAUCUAAAACCCAUGACUGAAGAAACAUGAAUGUAUUCCUUAGGAAGAGAAACCACGAACCUUUUAUAAGUCUUAAUGAGUUUUUGGAGAAUAUGACCACUCCUACUGGCUCUUAAUUUGAAGCCUCCCAGCCCAAAUGAAUUGGGGAUGGUCCAUCAGAAAACAAUCAGCAUUUGGAAAGUGACUGUAAGAGAUUUUUUGAAUGCCCAAAGCAAUUGUCAUUGACUUAAUUCAUAUCCAGGAUGGAGCUGUAGGGACAUCCAUCAAGUUGUGCCUCCCUAAUUGAUCCUAAGAUGGGCAACCAAAACUGACUGGAGACACACUGGUAAUGAUACAUUGCUGUAAACAAUCUGGGCAUGUAAUUUGAAAAUUCAAAAAGUCAUCUUCAUGUUAAUUCUCUAAGCAUGCAAAGCAAUAAAAAAGAUCUCAUCUUCUUACAUGCUGGUUUCAUGGCUUUUUCCUAGAGAGGAGAAGAAGCCUUCUUUUUUAGCUGAUGCCUAAACACCAUUGACAGGAAUUUUUCUAAGUUCUGAUGUGUUAGAAAUUCAUUUGUCAUCUCUAGUGUAAGACCAUGACCUUUUUUCUUAAGGGGAAUGUCUCAGUAGCAGUUGUUUUGUGUUUAACUGCUUUUUGGUAUGGCAGAUUGUUUUGGGUAAGCAAAUAGUAAUCUAUACACAGCAGAUAAACAAUGAAAAAUGGGAUUUCAUUGUGGAUCUGUUAGCCAGCUAGUGGGAGCAGAAGUUCAGGCUUCUCCAGAUGUUUGCUUCAGUUGGAUGCAGGUGAGGGAAUGCUCUGUAGCCACCUCAGCAUCACAGGCAGCUGAUGGGCAAAAGGAGGCAGAGGCUAACUUGAGACACUUGAGAAAAUAUAAAAUCUGUUUUAAAGUUGAUAGAUGGUUAAAAAUGGGGAGUUUAACUUGCCUGCAUGUCAAUCUUUUGAUCAAAACAAACCCUUUCAAAAAUGACUGAUGAUUUAAAUAAACUCAGCUGAAGGCAGAGCUGUUUCAACAGUAUCAGAGCCAGAUCCUGAAAAAUGUCAAAUUGUACAGUAGCCAGUAAUAUCCACUGAAUUGUAUUAGUUUCCAGGAUACAGAUGUGAUUAAAUAUUAAUAUUAGUUUCCAGGAUACUGAUGUGAUUAAAGAAGAAAAAUAGUUUGCAUUUUAUUUAAUAAAAAUAAGUUGCUGAAUAAAUCUCAUUGAAAAACAAAUUAAUAUAACAAACAGCAACUGAAGUCCUUUUGCAAUUGGAUUUGGUCUUAGGCAGGAUUCAGGUCAUUAUGUUUUUUGUCAUAACCAUACAAAUGGCAUGGUAUCUAUUCUGGAACAGCCACAGUUUUCAUAACCCAGCCCCUAUUUAUAACCUGGAGCACGGGGCCAGUGGCUGACAAGGGGCUGGCUGACCCCUCUGAAUUCCUGAUCCAUUGCUGAUUACUUUAAAGCAGUUUAUUGUUUUACUUUAAAGCAGUUUAGUCUCAUUUAGAGUGUAUGGAGCUGUACCUCUCACAGUGUCCUGGCUCUCUUAUGUUCCUAGUUCAAUGGUUGUAUGUUUGUUAAAAAAACAACUGUCUGAGGCAAGUUCCCCUUUUCCUCCUCACAAUACUUCCUACAAGUUACUUGUGUGUUAGUUUGGUCUUGCAUCCCACAGUGCUCGUAUUUUGGUCCAAUUUUCUUCUCAGUCAGCUCUUAAUCCACCCAGCAGAAUGUGAUGUGAUUUUUUUCAUUUAAGACAAAAGUUCCUUCAGAAAACAAAUAUUUAAAGAACAGGGUGCUUUCCCCUUUCUUUUUGUACUUUUCUCUGGCACCAUCACCACAUUUUUAUGCAUUCUGAAAUAUUCUCUGUAGUUUUACAGCUUUGGAGACACCAAACCUCUAUAUGGUAGCUGUGAUAGAAAAGCUUUAAGUGAAAAAUGUGUUCAGGAGAUCUGAGGGGUGACCGUUGCUCCAGCUAGGAUUUUUAGCAGCGGCUUUGGGUUGGAUUACCUAAAUUCCGUCUCCCUACAGAGGGUAGCUCUAUGGGUGGAUGCUCAGCACUGAGAAGGCUUUUAUGUGGACUUCAGUGGGUGCUUGAAGUCACUUGCUUUUGAAAAACCUUGAUCCCAAACUACUGCAACCUGGCUAUUCAGUCCAGUAUAUCUAUUUUGAGGUGCUGUUGAUCUGUGUUUAAAAUGAACAGCUGACAUGCUGGAUAUGGUCAUGUCCUGUGCAGUGAGCAGCAAGCCCUCACCAGCUCAGAGCAGGAUGACAAAUGUUAAGGAAUAGCCAUUUCUUUUGGUUUAUUGGGCAUGCUAUUUUGACUGAGCCAAAAAAUCUGUCUUUCCAUUGCAGCUACACAGGAGGACAUUCAGGGUUGUUCA